AUCAGAUCUGAGUUUAGGAAGAGGAUUUGUUGAUUCUCUGUCUCAGCGUCCCUUUACCUGUGCUCAGAUGGAGACCCGACGGUGAAGGAUUCGUCGGCUUCUGUGGUGAGCUUGAGCUAGUCUGUGGGGCUCUGGAGCUCGUGAAGUUCGAAGGUCAAGCAUUGUAUUGGCGUUUCUCCCGUUUCUGGCCACAACUUAGAUGUUCUGGUAUUAUUGUUGUACUAGCCUUAGUUUGUGUAGUAGUCUGCUCUUUGGAUCUGAGGUUUUCUCGGCGUGGGAUUGCUCGGAGAGAUUGUCGGGUUUCCUAGUCACCUUGUCACUUUGCUUGGGAUUCUUUUCCUCUUUCAAAACUGUUUUCUGGUGCACGGUGCAAGACUUAAACCGGCCCUGAUGUGGGUUUCUACUACUUCCAUCCAAUUUGGUGAGGUAGUCUUCAAGUGGGUUUGUGACGGUGUAACGGUUUUCUAAAAAAAUCUGUUAGAUAUAUAUUUUUUUUUUUAAAUACCAGAAGUAUUUUUUAAAAUAAAUCUAUGGAAAUAAAAAAAAAUCAUAUAAAAUUUUUUUUAUAUCUAUAUUGCAUUUCUACAGAAAUAUAUGAUACGAGUGUUAAUUAAGCUUAUUAGUUAUUAUCUUUGUGCCCUGUAAAACUUCUAAUGAUUUAUUUAAAAGUCCGCAGAUAAUAAUUGAUUACUAAUUCAAUUAUAAUUAUGGUUAUGAUAUUCUACGAAAUAUCAUAACAAACUUUCUGUAUUCACGCAGGCAUUUUUAUGAAAUAGGAAAAAGUUAUUAACUCUUAGAUUUUUUUUUGAACACUAUUAACUCUUAGAUAGUCUCUAUAAUAAAUGAUAAAAUAACAACAUCAACAUCAUCAAUCUUCUCUCUAAACCAACAAAAAGUCUAUGGAUUCGCAAACCACCUCCGGAAAUCCAACGUCCUCCGACACUCGACGUCGUUGGUGGUGGUCACGACCAAUAGUUACUCUUGAUCAUGAGCAAACUUUCAAGGAAUUUGCGGUUUUCAUUUCACCAUUUUUCGCCGGUUUUUUCAUCGCCGUUGCCAUAUACUUGAUCUUUUUGUUCAUCGACAAAGCUCACUCUCAGUCUCACCCCAAAUUCUCCAUCCAAUCCAUCACCGUCUCUCCCUAUUCCACCACGUGUCACGUCGACUUCCUCGUAAAAAAACCUAGCUCGAGAUAUUCUAUCUAUUACGACGUUGGUGAUGCUUCGGUGAGGUUCGGUCAUACAAACGUCGAUGUUUUUAACAUAACUCGUAAACGUAACAGCAGAGAUCACACGGCUUUCUCGUUGGACUUCGUUGCUGGAGAGGUAAAUGGAACCGACGUUGUUUCCCAAGAGCUUCACAUCAAACUUAGGGGGAACCACAAGCGUUAUGUAGAUUCUACUGAAGCUGGACAUUUUGAUCUCUUUGCCCAUUCUGUCUCCGUCACAAACACAAACGUAAACGCAAACAUCUCAACCGCUGACUGGAGAGUCGGUUUGGUUGCCAUGAGUCCGGUCACCGGCUGCAAAAUCUCUUUCCAUACAAUCAAGUCUCGUCUCCUUCGUGGAGAAGAAGUUGUGUCCGAGACAUCUCCGUCGGUGGAUGGUUUCGGUCAGGUUGUUACCUCCGACAAAACGGAUGGACCGGUCAUAAGUGUCGAUUUCAAAGGGGUUGUAACGCCGGGAAUUAUCGGCGAUGUGGUUAGGGGUUAUCGAGUGGAGGUUGUUGCCGGAGUGGACUCUGAUGGUUUCUUGAUGGUGUUGUGCGGCGAUCUACCGUUGAAAUUCACGGCGGACCCGGCGGGAAAUGUGAUUGGAUCGUUACUAGGAAAUAUGAAACGGUGUGACUACGUAUUCGAAGAUAACUUGAAUAUUCAUGUUUAGAUCUUAAAACUUUUAAUCAUCAUGAAUCUUUCAUCUCUAUCUACAAGUUAUUGGCU